UCUAGCUUUCUCCUUCUUCUCCGUCAUAGAGAGGGUUUAAGGUCACAGAAAGCUCAAAACUUUAGCGAGAUUACCAACUCUACUAUGGAGCCAGAGAAGGUGAGGAUUCGUCUGGUGUUUGAGGAUCAACGGGUUCUGAGUAAUUCCCAGAAGAAGCAAGGUCUAAAGCGGAGCUGGGUUGUUCUGAAUCCUAAAAGUCACCGAACUGUUUCAGAGUUCUCUGAUCAUCUUCUUCACACAUUUUGCCUCUUCGAAGCUUGUCCUCAUGGCAUCUCUCUAUAUAUGGACGGUUUCGUUUUGCCGCCGUUUGAGUCGAGCUGUGUAUUGAAGGAUAAAGACAUUGUGUGUGUUAAGAGAAAGAAGGAACCUUUGUUAGAGAUUGUGGAGGAAGACAGUGAGGAGAAUGUUUGUGCUGAGAUUGAGGAGGCUGAGGAGAGGGCUCCUGGUGUAAUGCUUCUUGCUAAUGAGGAGUUCCAGAAGGAAGCUGGAGGAUAUGAAAGCGAGUCUGAGGAAGAUGAGCUUGAAGAGAUUGUCCCGGAGAAGAAGACUUCAAAGAAACGUAAAGCUUCGAGUAGAAGCACAAGCUCCAAGAGGAAGAAGUGUAAGUUAGCUACCACUGAAGAAAGUCCCGUGGAAAAAGAAAACGAAUCUGUUGUACGCAAAGGCAAUGCUGUGAAGAAGAGUAAAACAUCGGAUGCACAAAGAACUGAAAAUGAUCAACAGGAUGAAGUUAAAGCCAAAUCUAUGACCAAGUCAAAGAAGUCCUCGCAACAAGACAAAAGCAAAGAGCCUAACGAACAGUGCAACCUGUCUGGUGAAACUAAAAAGACACCUAGCAGAAGCGCUCGGCGUAAAAAGGCUAAACGCCAAUGGUUGAGAGAGAAGACAAAACAAGAGAAGGAAGAGUAUUUGCAGCUUCAACAGAAGCAGAUGGUUGUAGCACCCACCCAAAAGCCAGCUUUCACCAUAAACCACCAAGUAACCAAGGAAAAUCGCUCCGAAGCUCUGGAAACUCAACAGCCUGAUGAAAAUGGUGAUGGGGUUGGGGAUGAAGUGGUUCCUGUGGAAGUGAGGCCAGGCCACAUUCGCUUCGAGCCGCUCGAUGAAACAGAUCAAGCUUCUGCUGAAGAAAUUGCACCUCCUGCGGAAAAGUUCGUGUGGAAUGGAAACAUGACGAAGAAGAAAGGCCAAAAAUGGGGAACAGAGAAGGCAGGAUUGUCCAAACGAUAUGCUCAGGAUAUGGAUGAAGAUACUUAUCAGACAGAGCCAGCUGAGGCAGAGACAGUUGCUAAGGGUCAGAUCGACUUUGAACAGCUCCUGGCUUACUCUGGCUCAUUAAAGAAAGGAGAUGUUAUUGCAUACCGCCUCAUUGAGCUAACAUCAUCUUGGACUCCUGAAGUCUCGUCCUUUCGAGUUGGAAAGAUAAGCAACUAUGAUCCAGAAUCCAAGAAGGUGACUUUGAUGCCUGUUGAACUUGAAGAAUAUCCAAUCGAGAAGAAGACAGAAGAGGACACCGAGGAUUCCUCAAUGCAACCUGAUACAUCUCUUUAUAAAGAAGACGGAUCUUUGGAGAUAGAAUUUUCUUCUCUGCUUGAUGUCCGCUGCAUCAAAACCAGCAGCAGCUCAGAUACCGCAGAAGCAGCUAAGUCAGCACCGUCCAAGCCUGACCAAACAGCUACAAGUCUAAAGCUGAGCACAGACAACGGUUUGCAAACACCUGUAAAGGAAAAUGGAAAAGGGGACCCUUGGGAAGAACUAAGUGACGCUUUAAGUGCGAAAAAGGCACAACUGGCUCAAGCCAACAAUGGUGGGUGGACCAAGAAAGGGAGCUCAAGUGGAGGAUCGGCGUGGUCUUACAAGGCACUGCGAGGUAGCGGAAUGGGACCUGUAAUGAAGUAUCUUAGAUCUCAGAAAGAGAUAUGAGAAACUAGGCUUAAAUCUUUUGAAUCUCAUUUGGGGUAUGUGAAAAACUCAGACAGAAGAGAAGAAGAGAAACCAUUUUGUUUU